CAGAGAGAGAGAGAGAGAGAGAGAGAGCACAGACCAUCCCUCCCAGUCACCAGUAUUUCCUCUCCUUAUCGGACCAAUACUGCUCAGUUUCACGUUCCCUCCAUCAUCUCAGCCAGCUGUUUCUUGAGGAUUAAACAAAGCAAACAAGGACAUUUCUUUAUCAUCACCUCACGGCGUUUAUAUAUAUUUCUGGUCUAGUUCUGGCCGCUUUUCUUGGGAGCAUAAUAUAGGCUGUAGAGAUAGAUAAUUUUCUCAUCUGGUUGAAUUUCCUCUGAGAUGGAAGUGAGAUGUCGUCCAGCGGUGAUGUGUUGUGUCUUUGCCGUCCUCUGCUGCGCGGUUCCCCCGUCGCUGGCGUCUUUUUACGGGGACAGACAGUACCUGAACGAGUGGGCAGUGGAAAUCCCGGGCGGACUGGCCGCUGCGAGGGCGAUCGCCAGGGAACUGGACUACGAACUGGUCCGACAGAUUGGGGCCCUGGAAGACCAUUUCUUGUUCAGACACCGCAAUCAUCCUAGCAGAAUGAAACGAAGCGCCGACCACAUCACCAGGAAGCUGUCGGAGGAUGAUCGGGUGCUGUGGGCAGAGCAGCAGUACGAGAAACGUCGCAGCAAGCGAGCGUCCCUCGGGGAGUGCAGGGACUGCCCUGUGGAUAAGCUGUUUGAUGAUCCCAUGUGGAACCAGCAGUGGUACCUGCAAGACACCCGGACCUCAUCCUCGCUGCCGAAGCUGGACCUGCAUGUGAUCCCCGUGUGGCAGAAAGGCAUCACAGGGAAAGGAGUGGUCAUCACCGUUCUGGAUGACGGGCUGGAGUGGAAUCACACAGACAUCUACUCUAACUACGACGCAGCGGCCAGCUACGAUUUCAACGACAAUGAUCCAGACCCCUUUCCCAGAUAUGACUCCACUAAUGAAAACAAGCAUGGGACCAGGUGUGCCGGGGAAAUCGCCAUGCAGGCAGACAACAAUAAAUGUGGGGUUGGAGUGGCAUAUAACUCCAAGGUUGGAGGGAUUCGUAUGCUGGAUGGGAUCGUGACCGACGCCAUCGAGGCCAGUUCUAUUGGGUUCAAUCCCAACCAUGUGGACAUCUACAGUGCCAGCUGGGGGCCCAAUGAUGAUGGCAAGACAGUGGAGGGCCCCGGCCGCCUGGCCCAGAAGGCUUUCGAGUACGGUAUCCAGAAGGGCCGCGGUGGGAAAGGCUCUAUCUUUGUUUGGGCGUCAGGUAAUGGUGGCCGCCAGGGCGAUAACUGUGACUGUGACGGCUACACAGACAGCAUCUACACUAUCUCAAUCAGCAGUGCCUCCCAGCAGGGCCUGUCCCCCUGGUACGCUGAGAAGUGCUCCUCCACUCUGGCUACAGCAUACAGCAGUGGAGACUACACCGACCAGAGGAUUACAAGUGCUGAUCUGCACAAUGAGUGCACUCAGACUCACACCGGAACGUCGGCCUCUGCUCCGCUGGCUGCAGGAAUAUUUGCCCUGGCACUGGAACAAAACCCGGAUCUAACCUGGAGAGACCUGCAGCACAUUGUGGUCUGGACCUCUGAGUUCGAUCCUUUGGCCAACAAUCCAGGCUGGAAAAGGAACGGAGCGGGACUGAUGGUCAACAGCCGCUUUGGCUUCGGCCUUCUGAAUGCUAAAGCCCUGGUGGACCUCGCUGACCCAGCCACCUGGAAGCACGUGCCGGAGAAGAAGCAGUGCAUCGUCAGGGAUGACUCUUUCCAGCCGAGGGAGCUGAAAGCAGCAGGGGAGAUCACUAUAGAGAUUCCAACCAAAGCCUGUGCAGGGCAGGAGAACGCAGUCCGCUCAUUGGAGCAUGUGCAAGUGGAGGCCAGCAUUGAAUACACCAGGAGAGGAGAUCUGCACAUCACGCUCACCUCCCCAGCCGGUACCAGCACAGUGCUGCUGGCUGAGCGAGAGAGGGACACGUCCUCUAACGGCUUCAGAAACUGGGACUUCAUGUCCGUCCACACAUGGGGAGAAGACCCUGCUGGUACAUGGACACUAAAGAUUACAGACACUUCAGGCCGCAUGGAGAACGAGGGUCGUAUUUUGAAUUGGAAGCUGAUCCUUCAUGGAACGUCUGAGAAGCCAGAGCACAUGAAGAAACCUAGAGUGUACAUCCCCUACAAUGCUGUGCAGAAUGACAGGCGUGGUGUAGAACAUAUGGAUGACAUGAUGGAGGAGCCCACACAGGCCCACCCACCUCCUAAGACAGAAACUGCACAUGCUUCUCCCUCGUCCAACCCAGAGAAGGUGCCCAAAAAUCCCACAGCUUCACUUUACUCCCCCUCCCUGGCCCUGCUGCGUCUUCUGCAGACAGCCUUCAACAGGCAGAUCCCAGCCCAGCAGCAGCCCCAGGCCAUAGCCAGGGCCUCUUCCCCCGUCUGGAGGAAGCAGCAGCAGCUGGACAGAAGCCUCACUCCUCCCGCUACAAGACUCCCCCCUCAGAAGCUGUACCAGGCUCUGGAUUUGAUCAACAAGUACCGGGGCCCCGAGGACAGUGUCUACAGUGACUACAGCGACGGCUUCUACAGCACCAAGCCGUACAGACACAGAGAUGACCGACUGCUGCAGGCCCUGUUUGAAAUGAUAGAUGAUGACCGCAAGUGAUGGCCUGAAGAGAGGAGAGGAGAGAAGAGGAGAGGACGAGAUAAAUAUAUAAGAUAAGGGGGAAGCAUGGUUAUGUGUUGGUUGGGGAGCAGAGGAACAAGGCGAAGAGAAGAGAGAAAGUGGAGGGAUAGGAUGAGGCGCUGGAGGAGUGGAGGAGAGGAGAAGGAAUACAGGAAGGAAAACUCUUCCAUUCGAUUCUGUUUUUCUUUCCCCAAAAAAUUCUGCAAAUCUGAUCUCUUUACAUUCAUCUGCCAAUCACUGUUCAUUAAUUACUCCAUUCAAUCAUGGGAAAUUUACACAGUUCACAUAUGAUUCAAAACAUGGUUUGUUUUGAGCCUCUCUGCUACAAACUGUAUCUCCAUGUAGUGAAAGUGAAAGCAUUUAAAUCUCAAGAAAAGGAAGGAGGAAGCCUUGUCUCUCUUCUCUUCACUGCCUGCUCAAGCAUGCCACCUUUAGAAUAUAAGUUUUGUAUUAGUAUCUAUAUAUUAUCAAUAUAUUAUACAAAGACAAUGAUUGUAAUAUGGUUUUGAAAACACCUGACAUCUAAAAUCUUCAAUUUCAAAAAUCUAGUUUCUAUUUAUACUUUUGCAUUUUUCAUGUGUCCUUCCUCUUGUUUCACACUAGUAUAGAACACCUGCUCACUUUAGAAGACAAUUUGAUUCUUUAAAAACAAAAAAAACAAAACAAGUCAUUAUUUUCAAAUUUCAAAAUUUCAAAAUUUUUAAUUGAACAGCUGUUUGAGAAGUUAACGUUAAAAAAACUUGCUGACUAAAGAUUUAUUCUCAGGGUGUUAACAAAGCUCAAGAGAGUAAAAGAAUUGUAUUCUGGACUGUAAGUAUUAAAAGAAAUAUAUUUAUUGUGAGAGACAAUUUAAUAUAAAAGUAUGCAGAUAAGACAAUACAGUUGUACCAGUACACUAUUAAAAAGGAGAAAACAAAAAAACCUCAACUCUGCUAAUAAAGAAUGAAAGAAGGAGCACUGGAAAGUCUUUCCGUUGGAGUAGCGAUAAAGUGAAAACAGAUUAAUCUUCUUGUGCAGUUUGUUUAAUUUUGUAUGAGUACAAUGCUGCAUUAAAAUGAAAUAUUUUUCUAAGGAUCCUCAUAGUUUAUGGAAAUAAUAUAUACAGUAUCAAACCCUUGAACAGUUUAUUUUCUCGUGGCACAGUUCACUCAAUAACUGCAAAGUCAGUGUAGUUAUUGUAACUACCAAUAAACACUGCCAAAAUCUUUGCUGUCAAAAAGCUUCUGUGUAUUCAGUGAUUGUGCAAAUGGCUAACAUGUUGUUUGUUCAUCACUUGUAAUAUGCCAACUACAAACAGUUCCUUGAAUCCUAGACAGAUCAUUGCUUUAAUAUUCGCAGCUGAUCCAUCUCUCUGGUAUUAUUUAUUUGGUAUUAAAGGGCCUAUCACAGCUGACCAGAAACUCUGUAGCAUAGGGGCUCUGCACUGCAACCUUCAAGCAGAUUCAUCUCGAACGCCUUAAUAUAUGCUGUAAUAAAUGUGCGUACUCAUCUCUACAUGGUGUAGAUUAAUUCACAGAUGCUAGUCUUAAGUGUUUAUGACAUGAAUAGUUAUGAAGCCUCUAUGCAGAGUCUCUAUCCUCCAGCUUGUAACUGCCUGCCCCGCUUCUCUGCCAACAAGGUGACAGGAGAAAGAAGGUGUAUGGGACAACGCUUUACAUGCACCCUGUAAUUUAUCCAUUUCUUAGAGUAGCCUGUGCUGUUUUAUUUAUGUUUUUUUGGUUUCGACUGAUGCUUCAGUCCAAAGUUGUUUACACAAACAAUAUUAUGUUGCAAUUUCUGUAUGGAUGUACAAAAAAAUCAUGAGAUUUAUCGUAAUAAACUGCAAAGUGA